CUGUGUCAUACCGUAAUGACUCUGCUGUGCCCAAGAUGGAGAUGGUUUGCAGUUUUGACUUUCCUGUGUGGAGGAACGUCUCAUACCUGGUUGAAUGGUAUGGRAGAUCAACUAAACCUGUCAAGAAGGACAUGUGGUGUGUUCCAGACCAGCCAGCAGAUGCUCAGAAUGAUUGUACACGAAGGCAAAGUUCCAUUGUACUUCCAGAUCACUUUGCAUUAGGCGACACGGUGUGGUGCAAAAUUUUCAUGAAGUUCUCUACAAAAAAGACAAAUAAAUGGACAGCAAAAGGAAAAGACAGUAAUCAUUAUUACGUAGGAAUCGAGGUUUCUCCACGUCACGUGAUUGUCAAAGAAUGCAACGUAGCAGAGAACAUAACAGUUACCUUAAGACCAACUGUUCCUAUUUUACCCACCAUGAAUGUCCCUGGAUCUGACAGUGUAGUAGUGUCUGUGUUGAUACCCCAAAAGUACAAAGCACAAAGAAGACAAGCGGCAGUUGACAAAUGCCAAGUUGAACUGAAAACACAAGACAUAACUCGUGGUAAAACAAUCACAAUUAGAGGAAUCUGUGACAACCAACAAGACCAAAGACAAAGCUUUUCCUUUCGUUUCAAACCGCAAACCAUUAGCAGCAAUUGGAAAGAUGUGGAUAACUAUCAACCGCCAGCCGUCAAGAUCACGGUGGAUAACACAAAAUCCGAGGUUUGUUGUACUACAACUGAUCCAAAUCUAUUCACAUUUGACAAGAGAUUUCUUUUCUACAAUGAGUUGGGUGACUACGUCAUGUACAGCAACCAAGCCAAGAAAGUGCAGGUUCAUGUUCGUCUUUGGAUAUGUGCUGGUCAAAUGACCUGUGUAUGCGGUGCAGCAAUACGAGAGGGAAAAGACGUCAUAGUUAUAUCUAUGUGUAACACAAUGAAAGAUUCAUUUCCUACAAUACUGAGGACUUUCAAACGAAGUCCUGGAAGUCUAUCGAAAGGAAUUAAAAUCACUAAGAAGAUCAGUGGUUCAUCAUUGGAGCAGGAGGUAAUUCUGUCUUCGGGUAUCAGAGUCUCAGUGGAACGUUCUGGAAGGUCACUGGAUGUUCGUAUCAAUGCACCAUCUAUUGACAAGGGAAAAGUCUUGGGGCUUUGUGGUAACUUUAAUGACGAUCCGGAAGACGAUUGGAACAAAGGAGGUGAUGGUAAACCUCAUGAUGAUGAAAAACAAUUUGCAGCAAGCUGGCGUCUUAAAGAAGGGAAGAGCUUUUUUGAGGUUCUCCCUGAACAAGAACUUGAAGAGCAAGUUGAACAAGGGAGAUCCUGCUAUUGUGGCAUCGAAGGUGAAACAACACAGGAUGAAAGAUGCGAUGACAACGCAAACCUUUUCACAAGAAUCGACGCUACUCAGAUAGAAGUACUUAACACUCAAAUAAAUGACCAAUCACAGUUUGGCAUGAAAAGAUCUGUAGACAGUCACUGGUAUAGUGAUGACAUCAUUGAUCACGUGGAACGUAGCUACUAUGUGGAUGAUCCUCAUGUACAACUCGCUGUAAACCGCAUACGAAACAAGAGAUCACCAAGAGAAGUCAUAUCAGAAGAUGAGGCAACCGAGUACUGUAAAACACAAAUUGAAGAAACAAAAGCAGGAAAGGCAUGCAAGGAGAUCUCGGAAACCAACUUGAAAAAUGCCAUGAUACAGUGUGUUAACGACCUAAAGCUGUCAGGAGACAAGACAUUUGCAGUGUUGGCAUUUGACACCAUGAAGUACAUAUGUGAAGAUGCCACAUUAAAAAACCUUUCACUCUAUACUCACACACCAAGUGGUGACUUAAUGCCUCCCAGAGAGGUAGUAAAAGACUUGUGUCCUGCAGACUGUAGUGGACGUGGCAAGUGUAAGAACAGAACCUGUAUAUGUGACGAAGGCUAUACUGCACUGGACUGUUCUAUGCAGGUUAAUGCAGUUCCUGAGUUGCUGGGAAUUUACGAUGGUGGACUCUGUGAUAUACGAGAACGACCAUGUAGAAGGACAACUAUCCUGGGCCAGAAUUUUAUCAAAUCUGAGAACCUAACAUGCCAUAUACAUGAAGUAAAGGUUUAUCAAGGUACCUGGUCUCCUCGUGGAAUUCCUGUCACAUCACAAGGGAAAAUGACGGAUCUGUUUGGUGUACAGUGCAACUUGCCUGAGCCUCCGACUAGACUUGGUGACUACGAACACGAGGGUACCCCGGCUGGGGGACUUUUGAUCUCGGUUUCUAAUGAUGGGUUCAAUACAAAUGUUCAACGACUGCGACAUGUGACCUACGACUCAAAGUGCAUGAACUGCAGCAAAUCAGGGAGAUGUGAAGUUAAGGGACAUUGCUUUGCUGCCAAUGAACCCAACCCACGUGACUGGUGCCAGCAGUGUUUACCAGAUGUUGACCAUAAAACGUGGACAAGUAGAAAAAACAAUCAAGUUCCCAGGUUUCCUUCAAAGACCACGUAUUUUGCCUUACAAGGAGAAAGACUCGUGAUCCAACUGAAAGCAACAGACCCUGAUAACCGUCCCCUAACAUACUCUGUACUCAGCUCUACAGCUACUGGAUAUACACUCAGUGCAUCUGGUUUAUUGACAUGGAAGGUGCCAUCCAAUGAGAAUAAAAAGUUUACCUUUCAAGUGACUGACGAGUGUGGCGCGUUUGAUAUAAUACAUGUGACCGUACGUAUAGUACAAUGUCCAUGCCUCAAUGGUGGCARAUGUGUACCCCACCCCUACCACCCACGGGGAUCUGGAUUAUACCAAUGUCAGUGUCCCAGAGGAACUGGUGGAGAACGGUGCCUGAAAGUUUGUUCUGGAGCUGAAUGUCCUCGUGGUCUCACAGUGAAACCCAUAGGAACAACCAAACUUGAAGUGAAAUGGAACGAACCUAAAGACUUACAGUCUGUCGAUUUUUAUUUGCUAAAGUAUGGUUAUACAGACAAACGAACAUGGAAAAUAAAAGUGCCAAAGRCGGUCACAACCAAGACUUUAACUGGUUUGAAGAAGUUCACAAAUUACCGUGUUACUUUGACUGUGAUGUUCUCAAAUGGUGAAGAAACGAUGGAAACUAUGGCAAGGACAGGCGAAGAUGUACCUGACGCAGCACCAGUCGUCACUGACAUCUCUCCAGUCAGAUAUGAUACCAUGAAGGUCACGUGGUCAUCCAUACUAGAAGAUCAACGGAACGGUGUCAUCAGAGGUUACAAAAUCUACUACAAAGAACUGCUGUACCCUAGAAACAAAUGGGAAGUGUUUGUUGUUACCGGAGGUGAUGUGUCCAGUACAAUGGUGACUGGACUAAAAUCAUACACCGAGUACUGUGUUAAGAUGUCUGCCUUUACCAGUAAAGGAGAGUAUCGUGACUGGGAACGAAAACAAUGCAAUAUAGUCAAGACUCCCUCUCUUCCUAUCAAAGUACAAGCUAAAGCCAUGAGUAUGACAGAAGUACUUUUGAAGUUCGUGAAACCAGAGCACUGGCCUUCAUCCAAUGAAAUACAAGUGGAUUGCGGAAAACUGAAAGACGAGUUGAAUAUGAAGAAAGCCUGCUAUGGUUCUUCUUGUGUGAUUGAUAACCUUGAGCCAGACACCAUGUACUACUUCAGGGUGAUUGGAUAUGUGUACCAGAGAGGAGAAACGCCAACAUUUACUAAGAUAAAGACAUCAAGACAUAAGGUAUGCUAUACUGUCUUUGUUACUGCCUAUAGUUCCAAAGAUGAAGAAGAUUACAAUACUGAAAAUUAA